AUGACCGUCGCCGGCUCGCCCAGCUCCUCCGCUACGGACCUCUCCCGCACCGAAACGCUCAGCCUCGUCACCCUCUCCGGCGCCUCGCUCGCCAUCCUCGCAAACACCUUCCACGGCGAUGGCGAACCCCUCAUUGCGUCGCUGGCGCUGUCGCUCAUUGCCUUUUCGCUCUGCUACGCCAUGAUCCGGUGGCUCGGCCCGACGUUUAUCAAAGCUGGCUUUCGAGGCCGCGACUUGAGCAAGGUCAACGGCGUCGAGAUUCCAGAGUGCAUGGGCGCGGUUUGCGCCGCGGUGUAUCUCAUCACCGUCAUCAUCUUCAUACCGUUCCCUUUUUACAAAGAUAUAGUUGCGGCGACCAGCGGAGGCGGAAACCGAGACGUUGUGGUUGAGAUCCAGUAUGCCGACGAAGGACGCUUUCUGCAUCGCUUCCCCCAUAAUAAGCUCGCAUCCUACCUUGGCGCCAUCAUUUCGCUCCAGACCAUUGCAUUGCUCGGCAUCGGCGACGACCUCUUCGACAUUCGAUGGCGACACAAAUGGUGGAUUCCCGGCCUGGCCUCCAUCCCUCUUCUCGUCGUCUACUUUGUCGACUUCGACGUCACCUCCAUCGUCAUCCCCGUCCAGCUCCAGCCCUACCUCGGCGAGCUCUUCGACCUCGGCUUCCUCUACUACGUCUACAUGGCCUGCGUCGCCAUGUUCUGCCCCCAGAGCAUCAACAUGUUCGCCGGCAUCAACGGCAUCGAAGUCUCCCAGUGCAUCGUCGUGUCCCUCCUCAUCGCCUUCAACGAUUGCCUCUACCUCUUUACGCCGUACCCCCACCCGGCCACCGACUCCCAUCUCUUCUCGCUUUACUUCCUCCUCCCCUGGAUCGGCGUCUCCUGCGCGCUGCUCUACCACAACUGGUACCCGGCAAAGGUCUUCGUCGGCGACACCUACUGCUACUUCUCCGGCAUGGUCUUCGCCGUCGUCGGCAUCCUCGGCCACUUCUCCAAGACGCUCGGCCUGCUCCUCGUCCCGCAGCUCUUCAACUUCCUCUACUCCUGCCCUCAGAUCUUCGGCCUCAUUCCCUGCCCGCGCCACCGCCUCCCGAAAUUCAACGCCCGCACCGGCCUUAUGGAGCCCUCCAUCACGCCCUGGAGCCCUGACCGACAACCCCAUCCUCUUGUUGCCCAGGCAUUGCUCUUUCUCCAUCGCGUGCGCCUCGUCAAGGUUACGACAGAUGAAAAGGGCCUCUUUGUCGAAACCAGCAACCUGACUCUCCUCAACCUAUGGCUCGUCUGGCGGGGCCCCCUGAAGGAAAACCGUCUUGCCUUGGAGGUGACGAUGCUGCAGCUCGGCGUUGGUCUGUUUGGCCUGUUUGUCAGGCACAAGCUUGCACUAUUAAUCUUUAAGGAAGAUAACUGGGGCAGCACAGGACAGCAUUAA